AUGUGGCAACAAUUUUACGAAAUCCGGUUUUACAAAAUUUGUGUCAGUUUUACGGAAUUGCUCGUCCAUUUCUCGGAACUGCGACGAUUAUCCAAAACUGCGCCCCAUUUUGCGUACCUGGAUCCCAAUUCUAUGCUACUGAUCGCAAAUCUUACGGAACUGGGCGCCCAUUCUACGGAAAUGAACGCCAAUUUUACGGAACUAUGCUUCUAUUUUUGGAAUUGUCAACGAGGUCACGGAAUUCUGCGACGAAUUUGCGGAAUUUUGCGCCCAUUUUUAGGGAAUAGUUCAACGGUUUUCCGGAAUUGGUCAACGUCGUUACCGAAUUGGCGACGAUUUUUUGUCAAUUUCGACGAUUUGGCGACACUCGGACACGCUUUGACAAAAUUAAGCGAUGAUUCUCUGGAAAUGGUCAACGAUUUUACGGAAAUAGGCGCAAACUUUACGGAACUUGGAGAAGAUAAUUCGAAAGUGCGAGCUUAUUUUACGGCAAUGUUUUACGGCAUUGUUCGACGACGUUACCGAACUUGGCGACCAUUUUUUGUCAACUUCGACGAUUUGACGGAACUCGGACACGAUUUGCUGAAAUUAAGCUACUAUUCUCUGCAAAUGGGCAACGAUUUUACGGAAAUGGCCGCCAGCUUUACACAACUAGGCGAAGAUUAUUCGAAAGCGCGUGCACAUUAUACUGCAACGUACGCACAAUUUACGGAAAUGUGCAACGAAUUAACGGAACUGCGCGUCCAUUUUAUGGAACUGGGCGACGAUUUUACGGAUCCGGGCCACAAUUUUACGAAAAUGCGCGCACGCUUUACGGAAAUGGGGGACGAUUUCACGGAACUCAGCGACGAAUUUACAGAAUUUCGCGUCCAAUUUAUACGGAAAUGGGCACUUCAAUUUUACGGAAGCGCUCAAAUAUUUUACGGAAAUGAGCGAAGAAUUUACGGAACUGGGUGA